GAAGUUGAGGAGCGCGCCAUGGCCCCCCGCCCGCGCGGCCUCCUGCUGCUUUUGCUGCUCCCGUCCCUGGGGGCCGGCCCCGCCCUGGGCAGGGGCCUUCGAGGACCACCUGAGGACUCACAGCUCUACCUGGUCCCGUCCGGGCCCCAGGAUCUUGACCGGAACCCCAGAGAUGAGAGCCUCUGGCAUGUGGACACCCCCCAGGCCCCCGAUGAAAAUCCCAAGAGGCCUACAGAGCCUCCCCCAGGCCCCGCCCUGCAUGGACCCAGAGCGGCCCACAGGGGCCAGGGGGAACGGCUCCCCCUGCCUGAUGACCUGCAGCUGGCUCGAGGUCCCAGCUCCCAGGGCUGGACGGGACUUCCCGACUCACAGGAGCCUCUGGAAGAAGCAGCACGGGGUCCCCUCCCACUGGGGCCCCCCAACCCUGCCUUCAUCCCCACAAGUCCCCAGCCUCGGGUGCUCACGGAUGCUCCCUCCACCCCGGAGCCGGGGGGCCCGGGGCCACAGCGUCCACCCGGAGAGGAGGCUCUGAAGGCCAAAGCCAAGACCGGGGUCCCACAGCCGCCCCCCGGGGGCCCCCAGGGCCCUCCCCACACUGCCAGGCGGCCCGCGCAGGGCGGGCCUGAGGACUUCCAGGAGGUGGCCCAAGCCCCCCUCUCCACGCAGCAGGACUCAGCACCCCCAGCGGGGGCCAUGCCCCCUCAGGGCCCUGGGGCCCAGCCAGACCUAGCAUUGGCCAAAAGCCUUCCUCCUGCCGAGGAGCUGCCACUUGAGCCCCCCAAAAUGGGUGGAGCUGCAGAGACCUGGGACGCCAGCUCCCCGGGCCCCGGGCCCCAGCAGCCCGACCCCUCUGAGGUUCAGGAAGGUGCGGAGCCCCAGCCCACAUCUCCCCCAGCCCCGCAGGCCCCCAGUGGGGGACCCAAGCCAGCAAUAGCAGCUGUGAAUGGAGCGGACCCCAUCUCUCCGCAGCGGGUGAGAGGCGCCGUGGAGCCCCCAGGCACCUCCAAGUCCCUCCUCCCCCACCUCUCAGACCGGAGCCCAGCCACAAACCCAACAGAGAGCCCUGCGGGGGCACGGCAGCCAGAUGAGGUUGAAGCGUGGCCCGGGCGCCCCCAAAGCCACCCGCCGGCGCCCCCGGUCCAGGCCCCGUCCACCUCCCGCCGCGGCCUGAUUCGAGUGACCACUCAGCGCGCGCUGGGCCAGCCGCUGCCGCCGGAGCCCUCGGCCAGCGCCCCGGCCGCGGCUCCCGCCUCCAGCCCCCCGGCCAACGCCACCGCGCCGCCGCUGCGCUGGGGGCCCCUGCGGCGCGUGCUGAGCUUCGCGUGGGAGCUGCACGUGUACGGGGCGGGCGUGCUCUUCCUGCUGCCGGCCCUGCUGGCGGCGGCCACGCUGGCCGCCGCGGCGCUGGCGGGACCGCGGCCGGCGCUGGCGCUGGCGGCCGCGGCGCUGGUGCUCGCGGCGUCGGGGCUGCGGUCGGCCUACAUGCUGGCCGAUCCGUACGGCUCGCAGGCGCGGCUGGGCGUCCGGGCCGGCCUGGCGCUGUACAACCUGCCCUUCCCGCUGCUGCUGGCGGCGCUGGCGGCCCUGACGCUGCGGGGCCUGGGCGCGGGGCUGCCGCCGCCGCUGCGGAGCCCGCUGCUGCUGGGGGCCGCGGCGUCGCUGCACGGCGGGGCCCUGCUGGCCGCCGACCUGCUCUCGCCCCGGCCGCUGUUCAACCUGCUGGCGCAGGGCCUGUCGUGCGCCUGGGGCGCGUCCGCCGCGCUGGGCACGCUCUGCCUGUGCCGCCGCCGCCUGCUGGCCGGGCCCCGCGGCGGGGACGCCCGGCCCGGCCCGCGCCUGCUGGCCGUGGCCGGCUCCCUGGGGCUGCUGGCCAGCGGCCUGCAGCUGGCGGCCGCGCUCUGGCUGUACCCGGGCCCCGGCCGCGAGGGCCGCUUCUCCUGGGCCUGGUGGGGCGUGCACUUCUGGCUGCGGCUGCUGGAGCUCGCCUGGGCGCUGGCGCUGGCGCUGGGCGCGCUGGCCGCCGCGCGGCCCCGGCCGCCCACCGAGCACGCCUGCUGGGCCAAGCUGCUGCGCCUGGCCUGCCCCGCGCCGCCGGGCAAGAGCGAGGUGCCCGAGCGCCCCAACAACUGCUACGCCGCCGCCGCCGCCGCGGGGCCCGGCGGCCUCGCCGGCCCGGACCUCGGCAAGAGCCUCAUCCGCAACCCGCCCGAGGCCGCCGCCGCCUGGGGCUCGGCCGCCUCGCUGGGGCGCGGCCGGCCGGGGGGCCCCGGGCCGUCCCGCGGCAGCGUGGGGCCGGCGCCGUCGCUGAGCGAGCUGGACCUGCGGCCGCCGUCGCCCAUCAACCUGAGCCGCAGCAUCGACGCGGCGCUCUUCCGCGAGCACCUGGUGCGGGACAGCGUGUUCCGGCGCUGCGGCCUGCGCGGCCUGGCCUCCCCGCCGCCGCCCGGGGGCGCGCUGCGGCCGCGCCGGGGCAGCCACCCCGACGCCGAGCCCGACGGCGGCGGCGGCGGCGGCGGCGGCUCCCUGCGCCUGCGCGGCCGCUGCCGCUCGCUCAGCGACGUGCGCGUGCGCGGGCCCGUGCCCCCGCACGUGGCGGCGGACGAGACGGAGCGCACGGGCGCGUGCUCCGGCAGCUCCCUCGACAGCUUCUCCCGGGGCUCCCUCAAGAUCAGCUGGAACCCCUGGCGCCACGGGCUCUCGUCGGUGGACAGCCUGCCUCUGGACGAACUGCCCAGCACCGUGCAGCUCCUGCCGGCACCGACCCCAGCGCCCGCCCCGGCUGGGCCCCGGGUCCACCCGCGCUGCAAGCCCGGCGACUCCCGCAGCGCCUCCAGCGACACCAUCGAGCUGACUUUUGCACAGAGGCCGUGACUCUCACGGAAUACAGGGUGGACGCGCAGGGAGCGUGGAUUUGAGCGUGGGGGACAGGGACCCGGUGUCCCAGGGCGGGCCCUCCACGUGGGAAUGAGCCUCGUGGUCCAGACUGGCUGUCUUUUUUUUGUGCCAAAGAAAUAAAUGUUUAAGAUUUGGCCCA